AUGGCUGACUUGAAGUCUGAGGCUGAGGCAGUGGCACAGCCUCGCGACAACGAGUCACAGCAAGACGAUGUCGUCUUGGAGAAGAAGGGCACUGCUGGUGACCAGAAAGACAUGUAUCGAAUGGGAAAACAGCAGGAGCUACGACGUAACUUCCGCUUCGUUUCGAUCUUCGGGUACUCAAUGGUCCUCAUGGCGACGUGGGAAACGAUAUUGACAACUCUGAUUAUCCCCCUGACGAACGGAGGCACCGGAGGCGCAAUUGUCAUGUUCCUCGUCACUGCGGUCUGCAUGGGCUUCGUGAUAGUUUCCAUGGCGGAGAUGGCUUCAAUGGCGCCCACUUCCGGCGGCCAAUAUCACUGGGUUUCCGAAUUCGCGCCCAAAAAGCACCAGAAAUUUCUAUCUUACAUCGUGGGAUGGCUGUGUGUUCUUGGAUGGCAGACGGGUAUUGCCUCUAUCGCUUUCCUUGCGGGUGGCCAGAUCCAGGGGCUUGUGAUCCUCAACAACGGCAGCUACGUGCCUGAGCGAUGGCACGGUACGUUAUUGGUCAUUGCUGUAGCGACCUUCGCCAUCCUCUUCAACACUCUGCUCGCUAGGAAGCUGCCUCUUGUUGAAGGCAUCGUCUUGGUUCUACACAUCUUCGGGUUCUUUGCCGUUUUUAUCACCAUGUGGGUGCUGGGGCCGCGCAGUCCUUCCAAGGAGGUGUUUGGCGGCUUUGCCGACAAUGCUGGGUGGGGCAGCGUAGGUCUGUCUGUGCUGGUAGGACAAUUGGCGCCAAUCUUCUCUCUUCUGGGGGCUGACGCAGCUACACACAUGUCUGAAGAGCUGAAAGACGCCUCUUACACUCUCCCACGAGCGAUGAUCUGGACUGCAGUGAUCAACAGCUGUUUGGGAUUCCUCAUGUUGGUAACGUUCUGCUUUUGCCUCGGCGAUGUAGAAAGUGCCAUCAUGUCACCCACAGGACAACCGCAUAUCCAGAUCAUGUACAACGCUACUCAGUCGAUCCCAGGUGCGACUGCGCUCGCAUCUAUUACCACCAUCAUGGCUGUUUUUGGAUGUGUCAACAACGUUGCCACCUGCUCUCGCCAGCUCUUCGCCUUUGCCAGAGAUCAGGGCGUACCCUACAGCGCGUUCCUGUCGCAUGUUCGUCCAGGUUGGGAUAUCCCUCUCAACAGCGUCAUCGUGUCCUUCAUCAUCGCUAUCGGGCUUUCGCUCAUCAAUAUCGGAAGCACUGUCGCGUUUAACUCUGUUGCCUCGCUAGGUACGUGUGCACUGCUCUCGUCCUACAUCAUCAGCAUCUCGUGCAUGUUCGUCAAGAGGUGGAAUGGUGAGCCUCUUCUUCCAUGCAAGUUCUCUCUUGGACGUGCAGGCAUCUGGGUUAACGGCAUAUCUGUUGUCUACUUGUGUGUAGCAUUGACGUUUGCCUUCUUCCCUACCUUCCCGAACCCUACACCUGACUUGAUGAACUGGAACAUCUUGAUCUACGGCGUUGUUGUUAUCUUUUCCCUGGUCUACUUUGGUCUGAAAGGGCGAAAGGUGUAUGUUGGACCUGUGGAAUACCUCAACAAAGACCUUUGA